CUCUUCAUCACUGAAAACUUCACUUCGCAAAGCUCGCACUCUCGUACUUCGCUGCGAAACAAUCCGCGAGAUGGUGUCGUCGAGCACCUUGAUGGCAUCCCUGAAAGCCCUGCUCGUGUCGGCCGGCGCGGUGUCCAUCGCCGCCGUCGCUCUCGGGGCCGCUGUUCCAUCGAUCCCCGGCCCUCUGGGUCCUCGGCUGCCUCCCGCGCUGGGCUGGUUCCUCUCGUGGUUCAGGCCUUCGUACCCCUUUCUCGUCAUCAACUUCAUCAUCGCCGCCAUCGCCGCCACCUCCAGGUGCUUCCACCGAGCGCAGCCGGAGAGGAUCGCGAUCGCGGUCGUGGAGGAGAUGGAGGUCAUGGAGGCGACGGCGGCGGCCGCGGCGGAGGCGUUCGACGAGUCUAAGGAUUUUGAGGAGAAGAGAGUGGUGGUGGUGGUGGCGGCGGCGGGGAAUGGCGGGGGAUCCGGCGGCGGAGAUGGAUAUAACGGUGACUGCGAAGGGGAGAGGAAGGUGGCCUUUAGGAGGUCCGCGUCGGCGCGGCGGAGGCAAGUGGACUCGUCGGAGAAAGCUCAGGUUCCGCCGAGGCUCAUUCGCCGGAAAGCCGCCGGCGGCGACCAUCUGCAAGGGGGCAAAGCUUUAAGAAGAUCGAAGGAAAACAUGGAGCACGUUUUGAAAGCGAUAACAGAGGCGGAGGCAGGGGUGGGGGCGGCGAUAUCAGCGACACGACGUGUGAAAGUGAACGACGCCGACCACCAGAUCAGCUUGCUGGAGCUGUCGCCGCCGCCAUCGCUACCUUUGAUACAGAAAUCGGCGACGUUGAAGGAUCGGACCAAUCGGCAACCGCCCCUCUCGCCCAUUAAGUUGAGCCGGGACGAUCUGAACCAUCAAGCCGAAGCAUUCAUUAACAAGAUCAAGAAGUUGCAAAGACAGGAGUCGGUGAAUCAAAACGAGGAGAUGAUCAAUUGGGAACGCAGGGCCAUGGAAUUCGCCAAAGGAGUGAGUAGGUAUAGUGAAGUGUAUAGGUGACAAGGUUUUCCUUUUUUGAUUGUAAAAAGCAUUGUGGGAGGAAAAUGAUGAUUUUUUUUUUCAUUUCCCUUGAGACCUAAGUUUGUGAAAUUUAUUUUUAGGAGCCAUACUAUAGUCAGGUCCGAAGAUAGCUGUAAUUUUCGUUGUUCUUGGGAUUGCAUAUAUACUUUUUAUAGGGCUUUUUGUGGGGUUGAUGCAAAUUCUUGUACAGGAAAGAUAGAAAAACCAGAUACGUUGAGUCAAUGGUGAAAUUGGAAAAAGAAUUUCUUUAUGUUCUUUA